AUGACGAACUCCUUUCAAACAGAAUAUGCCGUGACCAUGAAGUGCCAGGCAUGCGCCGACUCCAUCUCAGAGGCUCUCAAGAAGGUCCCGGGUGUCGAGAGAUUUGAUAUCAACUUGAACGACAAGUCAGUCUUUGUUGAAGGAACAGCUCCACCAUCACAGAUCUCAAGAGCAAUGCGCGACACCGGGAAGGAUGUUAUUCUGAGAGGAACCGGUUCUGCUGAGGGAGCGGCUGUGUGUAUUCUCGAUAUGUGUGCGCAAGAACAUGGGCGACAAGACAUCCGCGGACUUGUCCGUCUCGUGCAAGUGAAUCUCCAAACCUGUUUCAUCGAGACCUCCGUAACGGCCUUUGAGCCAGGAAUUUACCAGGUUGCUGUCCGACAGUCCGGUAACCUUUCGGAAGGCGUUGCAUCUACGGGUAAGGUGCUUCACGCGAUCGGCGAGAUCAACAUUGGUCCAAAGGGUUGGGGCGAGUUGGUGACUGAGAGUGAGCAGAUCAAGGUUCAAGAUAUCAUUGGGAGGAGUAUUACGGUCGGGGACAAGGUCGCAGGGGUCAUUGCGAGGUCCGCUGGAGUAUGGGAGAAUCAGAAGGUUGUGUGUGCUUGCAGUGGCAGGACUAUCUGGCAGGAGCAUGCAGAUGCGAUACGACAGGCGGGAUCUGUACUGUAGAAAUACCCAAUGAUACAGCGAUAUCGGUAUACUGUG